AACGACAUUCCCUCCAAUAUGGAUGACCAAGAGGGACAGCCAGAUAUUUGUCGGGUGUGUCGCUGUGAAGGGACCCCUGACAAGCCUCUCUAUCAUCCUUGUGUGUGUAUGGGCAGUAUCAAGUUCAUCCAUCAAGAUUGUCUUGUCCAGUGGUUGAAAUACAGUCGCAAAGAAUACUGUGAAUUAUGCAAACACAAAUUUGCAUUCACACCAAUUUACUCGCCAGACAUGCCGAAGCGGCUUCCUAUCAAAGAUAUAGUGAGUGGUCUGUUGAAGAGCAUCGCCCGCGCUGUCCGGUACUGGUUUCAUUACACACUGGUGGCCUUUGCCUGGCUGGGAGUCGUGCCGCUCACAGCGUGUCGUAUCUAUCGCUGCCUCUUCACAGGGUCAGUGAGCUCCUUGUUGACGCUUCCUCUUGACAUGCUGUCUACGGAGAACUUGGCAUCCGAUUGUUUCCAGGGCUGUUUUGUAGUGACCUGUACGUUGUGUGCGUUCAUCAGCUUGGUGUGGCUCCGGGAACAGAUCCUGCAUGGUGGAGGGCCUGACUGGCUGGAGCAGGAUAAUCAGCCUGGGGGAGGACAGAGGAACUUCCUUGACGGAGGUGCUAUGAAUAACCUCAUUGGUGGGUUUGCUGGGGGCAACCGAGGCGGAGGUAAUCAGAAUGAUGGUAACCCUGGCAACCUCGGGGGGGACGAUGACCGGGGAGAUGAAGGGGAAGGUGAGAUGAACGCCAACAAUGUGGCACAGGAUGACAACAACUGGAACCCCAUCGAGUGGGACCGGGCUGCUGAGGAGCUGACGUGGGAGAGGUUGCUCGGUCUGGAUGGAUCCCUCGUGUUCCUGGAACAUGUGUUCUGGGUUGUCUCACUCAACACCCUGUUUAUUCUUGUCUUUGCAUUCUGUCCAUAUCAUAUUGGGCAUUUCACCGUGGUUGGAUUGAAAGCUGAUGAUGCUAUUCUGUCGUCCCACUUCGAGGGUUUGCUGACCACAUUGACGGGCUACGUGGUGAUCGCACUGUCUUUGUUGGCACUCUACGUCAUGUGUUCGGUAGCCAGGCUGAAAAAGUUCCGCCGUGUGUUGGGUCUGUGUUACGUGGUGGUGAAGGUGAAGUUGCUGGUUGUCGUGGAGAUCGGGGUAUUCCCACUCAUCUGUGGCUGGUGGCUGGACAUCUGCUCUCUGUCAAUGUUUGAUGCAACGCUCAAAGAUCGUAAGACAAGUUUCCACCUGGCGCCGGGAACGUCGAUGUUCAUCCACUGGUUGGUGGGGAUGGUCUAUGUGUUCUACUUCGCAUCCUUCAUCCUGCUGCUCCGCGAGGUCCUGCGGCCGGGGGUGCUCUGGUUCCUCCGAAACCUCAACGACCCCGACUUCAACCCCAUACAAGAGAUGAUUCAUCUCCCUGUGUACAGACACGUCCGCAGAUUUGUGGCCUCCGUGAUUAUAUUUGGUAGCACGGUGCUUUUGAUGCUGUGGCUGCCAGUGAGGGUCAUCCGGAAACUGUUUCCAACAUUCCUGCCGUAUCAUGUCAUGCUCUCCAGCGAUGCCCCUGUUAGUGAGCUGUCGCUGGAGUUGCUGUUGCUGCAGGUGGUGUUGCCAGCGCUGCUGGAACAGGGGCACACCCGACUCUGGUUGAAGGGCCUCGUGCGAGGGUGGACGCUGGGUGUGGCCUACAUCCUCAGCCUACGGUCAUAUCUCAUUGGAGACAUACAGUUUCAGGAAGGGGAUGAGGUUGUUCAUGGAGAUCAUCCUGUGCCCCCUCCUCCUCCCCCACCCCAACAGGACAAUGCUGCAGCAGCAGGUGCUCCUCCCCCUGCCCCCCCCCAGCCCCCCCAGCAGGUUCCGGGGGAAGGUCUGGGUGCGGCACACCAGGCCAUGCUGCAAGGGGGAGGGCCAACCGGUUUCCAGCCUUACAUCAGACCCACACUCUUUACUCUCAAGGUCAUCUUGCUGGUAGUACUCAUGUGUGUGACGCUGUUUGGUGCUAGUCUUGUCUCACUUGUUCUUCCAGUAUUUGUAGGGCGGCGGUUGAUGUCUAUAUGGAUGGGUGAUGCGAAGAUCCAUGAGCUGUACACGGCGGCGUGUGGUCUGUACGUCUGUUGGCUGAUGCUCCGGAUCAGCACAGUCCUCUACAACUGGAUACCUCAGGGCUCGGCGGCCAUUUUCACUAAGCUGAAAAACUGGGCGUUGUUGGCCUUGAAGUGUCUCCUCAUAGCCGGCCUCCUCAUCGGGAUGGUGCCCCUCCUGCUGGGGCUGUUGUUCGAGCUGGUGGUGGUGGCGCCGCUUCGCGUUCCGCUCGACCAAACACCUGUUUUCUUUCCUUGGCAGGACUGGGCACUGGGAGUGCUCCAUGCGAAGAUCAUCUGUGCUGUGACCAUGAUGGGCCCACAGUGGUGGCUCAAGCGAGUCAUGGAACAGGUGUACAAUGAUGGCUUGCGGAACAUGAAUCUCAAAUACAUCCUGUUUUCCUUGUGUUUCCCCGUGGUGUGUGUGCUAGGCAUGUCUCUGUCUGUGCCCUAUGUCAUUGCCAAGACCAUCGUGCCGGCAUUAGGUGUUGACGAUGAGACACAGAACAUGACGAUGCGACGUAUCUACCCCUUCCUCCUGACUGUUAUUGUGAUAGUGGCCGGCUUCACCUUCCAGCUGCGGCAGUUCCGGAGGCUUUAUAACCACAUCAAAGAUGACAAAUACCUUGUUGGUCAAAGAUUGGUAAAUUAUGAUCCUUUGAACAACGUGCUUCAUUCACAUACAAGUUCCCCAGAACAAGAAGCAACAUGAUUGGUUAAUGCAGCUCUCAGUUUCUUUGUUAUGGAGAUAUCCAUUGGUUGCUGUCACUCAUUGUUGUCAUGGAAACAUGCCCAUCCACUUGCAAACAGUUUCACCACAGGGGUCCAUCGUUGGGACUAAAAUAAGGAAACAGUAUGCCCUUUUUUACUGUAUAUAGAGAGAGGCUUUUUAAGAGUAACAAAAAGGCCUACACGUUUUGUCGGAACUUUGGCUUCCUGUGGUUUGACUGUAGGAUGGAUGGCAGCCAUUGUGGCAGGUGGGGCCGAGUGAUGGCGGCAGUGUUUGUGCAAUCUAUUGGAUGUUGUAGUCGUGUACAUUGCAGAGGUGUGAUAGAGACAGGGGUUGCUUCAACACUUUUUAACUCAUUAAUUUGAAUUUGGUUAUGUUUCCAGAGACAAAUUCUAAAAAAAUGUAUUUUUACAAAUCUAGCAAAAAAUCUUAUAUAGGCGAAGGUUUUCUUUGGGUAGCCUAAAGUUCAUUUGACACAACAAAGGCCAGGUUCGAUUUCCCACAUGGGUACAAUGUGUAAAGCCCAUUUCUGGUGUCACCCUCCGUGAUAUUGCUGGAAUUUUGCUGAAUGUGGCGUAAAUGCCAACUCACGUAUUCAGAGCUUUAGGCAAGAACAUCACCCUUCUGAGCUGUCUCGGGGGCACGGGUGGUCCAGUCGUCUAAGGUGCCGUGAUUCGCUGUGCAGAGUUGCGUCCCUUGGGCACGCCAGAAAUCAAUGAUUGUGGGUUCGAAUCCCGGUUCGCCCCGAUUAUGUUUCUA